CUGCGUGAGAUGAAGUCAGAGGUAACUGUUGUUAGAUUACUAUUGAGUUCCAUGGGCUUUUGAUGUUCGUAAGCCUUGUUAUCUCCGUUGAGUCGUCGACCGGCCAAGGUAGAUCGACCGGCGCGCUGAGCAGCGCACUUCAAGGUGGCGUUCAGGGUAUUCCUUAUUUCAGUGGGCGAGAUUGACAAUGAAACCUCGAAAUUCUACUCGCAGCAAUCGGUCCAUGGAAGGUUGAUACAACAGAUAUAGGAUCACAUAUACCAUACACGACCAGUUGUGCAUCGGAGAUUGCACUCCAACGAUCUGCCAUUGAGAAGUAAUCACUGUGAUAUAUGUUACUUGGUCGUUUUCGGUAGAGCAGGCAUCGAGAGAUUCUCUCAAAGAAGGGCAUACCAACAGACAGCCGACGGCGCCAUGAACGAGGCGGACGGAGUGAAAGACUCCAAACGGGAGUCCAAGGAUGAACCGCCAAUGUCUAGCGUGGGAUCGCCCGCACCGAACGAUGCGGCAGACUAUGUUCAGGAGAGUAAAGAUGGCAGCAACAGACCAUCGGGCAUCGAGCAGCAGACAAACGUGACCAAAGAGCCUCCAGAGAAAGGACCCUCAACGCCAACCCGGCAGUACUCGGUAUGGAACAAGAACGAGAAGAGACUCAUCAUCGCCACGGGGUCGCUUGCAGGUUUCUUCUCACCACUCUCGAGCUCCAUCUAUUUCCCGGCUCUGAACACGAUCGCCGACGCCCUGAACGUGUCUGGGUCCCAAAUCAACUUGACAGUCACCACUUACCUCAUUUUGCAAGGAGCAGCUCCCAUGAUGAUUGCCGGCUUUUCGGACAACAUGGGUCGCCGCCCGGCAUAUAUGCUCUGCUUCAUUAUUUACUUGGCCGCCAACCUCGGCCUCGCUCUGCAAAACAGCUAUGCUGCUCUGCUCGUGCUUCGAUGUUUGCAAAGUGCCGGGAGUAGUGGCACGGUUGCCCUUGCCAAUGGUCUCGUCGGCGACACGGUGACGUCGGAGGAGAGAGGGCAGUACAUUGCCUUCGCAUCGCUCGGUGGCCUUUUGGGCCCCUCAGUCUCGCCAAUCAUCGGAGGCGCCAUCAGUCAGUCCUUGGACUGGCAUUGGAUCUUCUGGUUUCUUCUCAUUUUCUCAGGGGUCUUCACCGUGCCUUUGUUCUUGUUUCUCCCGGAAACAUGCCGCAAAAUCGUGGGCGAUGGCUCUAUCCCUCCGCCUCCACUUAACUGGUCGCUCACGGAUUAUAUACGCCACAGGCGCAGACAGAAACGUGGACAGGGUUAUGACCCGGCGGAGAAGGCGGCGCUCUACAAGAACUACCGCUUUCGCUUUCCGAACCCUAUACCCACCAUUAUGAUCCUUCUGGAUCCCGAAUCGCUGAUCAUUCUGGUGGCCACGGGCCUGGCCCUGGCUUGCUUCUACGGCAUUUCAACCGGAGCUUCAGCAUCGUUCAAAGACAUAUAUGGAUUCAACAACAUCCAAAUCGCGCUGAUGUUUAUCCCCAUUGGUGUAGGAGGCAUGGUGUCAGCAAUCACGACCGGCAAGCUGAUCGAUUGGAAUUACCGAAGACAUGCACGCAAACAGGGUGUCCAAAUCAUCAGGGGUGUGAGGCAGGACUUGACGAAUUUCCCUAUUGAACAAGCCCGCAUUGAAGUUGCAUUACCAUUGAUGAUCCUGUGUUCAGUGUUUGUGAUCGGGUAUGGCUGGACGAUGGACCACAAGGUCAGCAUUGCGGGACCGGUGAUUCUGCUCUUCCUGCUUGGUUAUUCGGCUAUAGCCACAUAUCAGACCCUCAAUGUAUUGAUGACGGAUAUCUGGCCUGGAAAGGCAGCAUCCGCAACGGCCGCAAACAAUUUUGUCAGAUGCGAGCUUGGGGCUGCAGCAUCGGCGGCAAUUGACCCCAUGAGCCAAGCAAUGGGCAGGGGAUGGGCGUAUACUACGCUGGCACUGAUAUACCUGGCUUUUGCACCAGCCUUGGUCGUCCUCAUGCGACGUGGGAUCGAGAUGCGCAAAGCAAAGAGGGAGAGAGAAGAGCGGAGAAAGACUCGAAAGGAGAAGAAAGUGCACCAACAGAGAUAAGAACGGCACAGUCUCGUCUCCGUCAAUCACAUAGCGGCCGAAAGACUCGUGCCAAACGUUCGGGCGCGGCGCCGAGAGAGGUAGUGCUACGAUAUGGGUAGCCUCCAUAGCCCCUCCGUUGGUUGGGAUGGGGCCUGCCCCAUGUGUACAGUAGUCCAGGUCUGCAGGCGAGUAUGACCCAGUCAGUACAACUUACAUUCAACUUGAAUCAAGUUGUACACCAUGAGUCAGUCUCCGUGCCCAGGAACUCACCGUGACACAUUUCUGAAGGAGUUUGAUUUUCCUUAUGUGAUUGCCUAGAAGGACAAGACUCGACUGGCAUCACCUGUUGGUCACAUGCUGGGCUCCGAGGGCUCCGGUGUCUCUUGGACAAGCCUGGGCGCAUGGAAUUAUUAUUUGACCUAGUAAACGCGGGCAGAGGUGCAGUCACAUUGGAUGGUCGUAGCCGAUCCGCCCGGUCCGGUGUGAAGGUGGUAGCCGUGGUAUAGAACAUUGUAGGGUUAGGACAACUGUGAGUUAUGCAACACAGUGCUUCUCUCAAUUAAUAAUUGCUGUGAGGGAUAAACAUAAGGCAGGC